AUGGCAAAACCAUUGCAAAUUGAGGUGUACAAUCCUAAUGGAAAAUACCGGGUUGUCAGCACAAAACCCAUGCCCGGAACUCGAUGGAUUAAUCUCUUGAUUGAGCAAGAUUGCCGUCUUGAAAUUUGCACACAGAAGAAAACCAUAUUGUCUGUUGAAGAUAUCAUUUCUCUGAUUGGUAACAAAUGUGAUGGAGUCAUUGGGCAGUUGACUGAAGACUGGGGGGAGACACUUUUCUCGGCAUUGAGCAGGGCAGGAGGGAAAGCAUUCAGUAACAUGGCUGUGGGGUACAACAAUGUUGAUGUUAAUGCUGCUAAUAAGUAUGGUGUUGCUGUUGGAAACACUCCUGGAGUACUCACAGAGACUACAGCAGAAUUAGCAGCUUCACUUUCUUUAUCAGCAGCUAGAAGAAUCGUUGAAGCUGAUGAGUUCAUGAGAGCUGGCUUAUAUGAUGGAUGGCUUCCUCAUCUGUUCGUGGGAAACUUGCUUAAAGGACAAACAGUUGGUGUCAUUGGGGCUGGUCGUAUUGGAUCUGCUUAUGCUAGAAUGAUGGUUGAAGGGUUCAAAAUGAACUUAAUUUACUAUGAUCUUUACCAAGCCACUCGUCUCGAAAAAUUCGUCACAGCUUAUGGCCAGUUCCUUAAAGCCAAUGGCGAUCAGCCCGUGACAUGGAAGAGGGCCUCGUCAAUGGAGGAGGUGCUUCGAGAGGCUGAUGUGAUAAGUCUUCAUCCAAUAUUGGAUAAAACAACUUAUCAUCUUGUCAACAAAGAAAGUCUUGCAAUGAUGAAGAAGGAGGCAAUACUGGUGAACUGCAGUAGGGGUCCUGUUGUAGAUGAAGUAGCACUUGUAGAGCAUCUGAAAGAAAAUCCUAUGUUUCGAGUUGGUCUUGAUGUUUUCGAGGAUGAGCCCUACAUGAAACCUGGCCUUGCGGACAUGAAGAAUGCUAUUGUGGUACCGCAUAUAGCUUCUGCUUCCAAGUGGACUCGUGAAGGAAUGGCAACACUGGCUGCUUUGAAUGUCCUGGGAAAAAUUAAAGGAUAUCCUGUUUGGUCUGAUCCAAACCGUGUGGAACCAUUCCUGGACGAGAACUCUCGACCCCCUGCUGCGUGCCCAAGCAUUGUGAAUUCAAAAUCUCUAGGUUUACCUGUUUCAAAGCUCUAA